AUGUCUUCGCAAACGAUGUCGUUGCAGCAAAACACUUCCACCCCUUCUUCCAAAAGUCAUAAUAAACGUGACUCUGGCUUUGCUGAAUUUUUCGAAACUGCCAUCAUUCACUCUAUUGAAGAACAAGUCAGAUUCGAAUUGCCGUACUCUAACUAUCUCGGUAUUUCCUAUGAUCUCGCACAUUUUGUGUCUAAACAAUCGAUUCACGAAGAUGAAAACAGCGAAUGGGCAAGAACUUCGCUUGAAAAUGUCCUCAAACCGGUCAAAAAAGCACCCGAAGUUGUUGUUUUUAAACGGGAGAUUGGAAUUUUUACUUAUUGGCAUACUUGGACGAGAAAAAUCAAGGAACGCGAACUUCAUCGGCAAUCGCAAAAGCGUAAGAUUAAAAAAGAAACCGUGAAGGAAGGUGAUGAGAUUAAAAAUCAUCAAAUGUAUAAGAAUGCGACUAAUUCUGUCGAAGUUCAUACGCCACACGUUAGAGAAAUUUUCGAAAUUGAGAAUCGAAUAACGAAAAGUCUAAAAUCCAUCAAUUCGAUUUUAACAAAAAUUAACGGAUGUCUUGCCGAAUCAAAAAAUAACGCGGAACAAAUGCAAAAACUUUUAAAUCGCAUCAAAUCAGUUCGAGAACACUAUCAACUUUAG